CUUGGUUUGAUUCUCGCCCGAGCCACUGAGCUUAGGCUCAAGAUCGGCGACUGCAUCGACGACGCUUCCUCUGCCUCUGCCUCCGACGGCGAAGGCCACUGCCGAAAUUCUGGUGGCGAGAGCUCCUCACCGGGAGGCGGAAGGGAAGGCCAGGCCUUGGGGAACUUUGGUAAGAACUCUGAUUUAGGAAGCGGCGGGGAUGUGGUGGAGGAUGAAGACGAAGAAGCCGAGCGGCUUUUGCAUGUACACGAUGCUUUGGAGUCUCUCGAGUCUCAGCUUGCUGCUUUGCAGAAUCUACGGCAAAGGCAGCAAUACGAGAAGCAAAUGGCUCUCUCUGAGAUCGAUUACAGCAGGAAGAUGUUGCUCGAGAAACUUUCAACUGCCAUAUAUAGAGGGAUAAUCUAUUAUCCACACUUGCAAUAUACCCAUGCAAGGGGAGUUGGAGUAGAUCACGAGAACGAUCUACUCCUUCCUCCAUAUCCGACCCACCCUCCUCCCGCCACCCUCGUCUCAGAUAAUGGCUACCUUCCGCAUUUAAAUCCAAAGCAGAAAACUGACGGAAAUGGACUUAUAUCGAGCAAUGUGAUAGACAAGGAGGAGGAGAAGAAGAAGAACAGCCCUUACAGAGAACCUGAAAACUCGUGCAAUGGGGUCAUUCGCUUUGCGGGGUCUGUUGCAAAGAUCGUGCUUCCAAUCAUCGGCGUGAUUUCUAUAUUGUCUGCAUCUGGAUAUGGUCCGGAGAUCAGGAAAAGGGGAGAAUCUUUGAACCUCCUCGGAUUUAUCUUAUCACGAGCGAAAAGAGAAGAGAGAUCUCCCGUUCAAUGCCCGCCCGGGAAAGUUCUGGUGAUGGAAGGUGACGGAGCACGAUGCAUCGUGAAGGAAAGGGUCGAACUACCUUUCGAUUCAGCCGUUGCGAAACACGAUGUAACUUAUGGAUACGGUUGAAAAACCUCUUCUAUGAUCUCAUUGCUCAAUUUAUGUGUAAAGAUCUGGGCUUUUUUCCCUCUCUUGGUGUUGAAGCUAAAAGUCCUGUUCUUA